GAUUAAUUAAUAGCGACUCGGUGAAUGAUGAUUGAAAAAUUAAAGGAAGCGUAAAGUGAAGAAUUAUAAUGAAUUUACUGAAAAUGAAAGGGGAUGGAAGGAAAGGAAAUUGUGGAGACUGGAGAGGAUAGAGUUGUAUUUUGAGGAUGAGGACAAGGUGAUGAUGAUUUAGGUGGAAUUGAAAGAGUUGGAAUGAAGAAUGAAGGGGAUGAGGGUGAUAAACCCGAGGGAUCGACAAUCGGGCAAGUAAUCAGCUGGUCUACGCCCAACCCCCGUGGCUUACACCGGCUAAAUAAACACAUUUGUCCUUUACCCGAUGAGCCCGAGGGAAUCUGGCGAAUAGGGUAGACAGAUCACCAUGUUAUAUCACCAUCACUCUUGGAGCCCAGGCUCAAUGACAAUUGGUACUCCCCAGCAAUGUGAUUACCGAGUUACUCUAUCUAGACGGUUAUCAGACGUGACCGGGGAAUAAUCAACAGUGGUGGAUUGGAAAAGCAUGUGCAGGACGUUUAUUGGUGGUGAGACUGUUGCCAUUGUUUUAGCAGUUUUUGUUGGAUUUUUUGGGGUGAUUGGUGACACUCGAGUGAGGGAUAGUGAGUGGAAUUUCAUUGAGCCGUGCAAUAUCACUGCCGACGGGAGGGAAUUAUUGUGCCGGGGGGCUGGACUAACUGCCAUUCAACAGGCCUUUGCCAAUUUUCAUAGUCAUAGGCUCAAUCAUAUUACCAAAAUAGAUGUUAGCAGCAAUAACAUUACCCACAUUCCACCUAAGGCUUUUCAACAUGUACCGAAUAUUGAGAUUAUUUUUUUCCGGAGAACACACAUGGACAGCAUUGACCGUAGUGCUUUUAGGAAUUUAUCGAAUCUACGAGUUUUGGAGUUGGACGAUAAUUAUCUCAGAGAAAUACCGGAGGCUACGGUAUUCAUCGAAAAACUCGAGGACUUGUCGAUAUCGAACAACAGAAUCGAGACGAUUGGGGCCAAUGCAUUCAGAAGUAACAAGAAUCUCAUGUCCCUCGAUCUACGUGGCAAUCCCAUCAAAGAGAUUCACGAGGAUACAUUCAAAAACCAUUCACGACUCCGUAAAUUAAUAAUUUCGAAUGUACGCGGUCUCGUUGACUUUCCCAAUCUCAAUGGAACGUCCGCACUCGAAGUUUUGCGGCUGGAUCGUGCAUCUCUCCAAACAGUCCCCGAGGUGAUAUGCAAACAAUGCCCGAAACUCAAGAGUUUGGAUUUGAAGUCAAAUCACCUGACGAGUAUUCCCAAUUUAACUGACUGCACUGAUUUACGGGUUUUGAAUUUAGCGAGCAACAUCAUCACCUCCAUCUCUCAUCAGCCCUUCUGGAGCCUCCAUUCCCUACACGACCUCCUCCUCUCUCACAACAAGAUCAAAACCCUAGCCGAGGACGCGUUCACGGGUCUAAGCCGUCUCCAACUCCUAGACCUGGAAGACAACUUGAUCGAGUUCAUCCAUCCAGACACAUUUCUUCCCAUCAAACAGCUGGAGGAUUUGAAUCUGGGGAAUAAUGUCUUCCCAACACUACCCACAACGGGUCUAGUUAGUGUUCUCCACCUCAAGACAUUUAAUAAUCCAGCCCUGAGGGAAUUCCCCAAGCCCGAAAAUUUUCCAAGAGUACAAACAAUGGUCCUGUCCUACGCCUACCACUGCUGUUCGUUCCUGUCGAAUGAAAUUGACGAAGAGGUGACUAAAUCGUCUGUUGAAGAGUCCGUUGUGUUUCCUGAUGACAACGACCUGGAAUUGGGUCUCUGGAAUUCUAAUGCGACAGACAUCUGGCCCCUGCUACAUAACAGCUCUAAAUUGGGGUCAGAGGUGAAGAAUCUCUGGGAUAAUUAUGGUGGAGACUUUGCGUAUCCCGGUAAUCUGCCAGCCUACGUGGAGGAUUAUUUUGAGGACCAGGAGGGAAGGGUGAGCGCACCUUCAGGACCGAGUCUUCCAGUUCACGUGCAGUGUCUCCCCCAGCCCGGCCCAUUCCUACCCUGCCAGGACCUGUUUGAUUGGUGGACUCUGAGAUGUGGAGUAUGGGUGGUAUUUCUCAUGGCAAUGCUGGGUAACGGCACUGUUGUUUUUGUCAUUGUCUUCUCCAGGAGUAAACUCGAUGUUCCUAGGUUUCUCGUCUGCAAUCUUGCCGCUGCUGAUUUUUUCAUGGGAAUUUAUCUCGGUUUUCUCGCAGUGGUCGACGCCUCGACUCUUGGUGAAUUUCGUAGAUAUGCGAUACCGUGGCAGAUGUCCGUGGGCUGUCAAAUCGCGGGUUUUCUGGGUGUCCUCAGUUCAGAAUUGAGUGUCUACACCCUAGCUGUCAUAACUCUCGAGCGCAACUACGCAAUAACUCACGCAAUGCACCUGAACAAGCGUCUCUCCUUGAAACACGCAACAUACAUAAUGAUUGUCGGCUGGGGAUUCGCCUUCUCCAUGGCAACUCUCCCGCUCUUCGGUAUAUCGGAUUACCGAAAAUUUGCAAUAUGCCUGCCCUUCGAGACAAACGGUGUAGCCUCUCUAGCAUACGUUGUGUUCCUCAUGCUCAUUAAUGGAGUUGCUUUUCUCAUUCUGAUGGGAUGCUACUUGAAGAUGUACUGCGCCAUCCGAGGCUCGCAGGCAUGGAAUUCCAACGACUCUAGAAUAGCAAAACGCAUGGCUCUUCUUGUCUUCACAGACUUUCUGUGCUGGUCGCCAAUAGCAUUUUUCUCCCUAACAGCGACAUUUGGUCUUCAAUUGGUGACCCUGGAGCAGGCAAAGGUCUUCGCUGUUUUCAUUUUACCCCUGAACUCGUGUUGCAAUCCAUUUCUCUAUGCCAUCCUAACGAAGCAGUUCAAGAAGGAUUGCGUUUUAAUUUGCAAAGCCCUCGAGGAGUCGAGGGUGACCCGUGGCAUUGGCAGGUGUCGGCACUCAUCAAAUUUCUCCAAUCGCCCGACACCAGCCAACACCAAUAGUAUCGUUGAUCGAUCCUCCAGGGAAAAUCAGCCCCAGUGCGCGUGCAGCACUCGAUUAUUAGAGGUAAAUCACAGCGGGGAUAAGUGGUGGGGUGAUACCUUGUUGUGGAGCUGCAGGAGGCAGGGGAGACACUACAGAAGUGAUCGGUAUGCUUAUCAGAUUGCAGAGGUACAGCAGAAGCAGAGCAAGAGGGCUUCAUCCAUGUCGUCCAGUGAGAAUUACUCGUCAUCGAGAUCUGAUUCUUGGAGGCAGGCACAUCACUGUGGUAUACCACUCAGAAUACUCGAUCCAACGAGAAGAGCAUCCUCCUGGCUCGUCACCAGGAAAACAUCUCAGGACUCUAAUUUGAGCUCUUCUAGGAAUGACUCCUCUGGAUCUGGUACCACUGCCAGCACCAGCACCUGGAGAGUCUCCAGGUCUAGUGCAUCACUCGAGUUCAAUACAAGAACUACACCCAGAUCCAAACCCAGGUUGAUCAGGCAAUUUGCCAUUCAGGAGCCUGAACCUCCUGGCAGUCCUAGCAGACUUGCUGUCAGACUUUUGGCUACUAUUCCUUCUGCUGCUGAGAUGAGUGAGCAGCAGGAGGAGGAGAGCAAUGCUGAUAAGGAGUAAAUUCAGGGGGAU